CACUUUAGAAUCACAUCUGCUGACAAAUAAAGGACUUUAAAACUAAGCUUUAACGAAAUACUGAGCACCAACAUACGAAAUUGACAUAGUUUUAAAGUAACAAUACAGUGAAAACACACCACGCCUAAACGGACAACAUUAUUGUUUAGUGUCAUCAGUUUUUGUUGUUGUUUAUGUAGUUGGUCGUGUCUAGUGGUCAGUUCACCGAACGCGCAAUCUGUUGAUGCUGUGAAGAAAACCCGUUCCUCCUCACGGCUGUUGUUCAUCUGGAGAGGUCAUGGGUAUCGGCGACCCUCUCGAGAUCUCAGGCGGCGAGCUGGUUCAUAUCUUGCGGACUCCGUCCGAGCUCUUCGCGUCCGGGGGAUGCAUCGUGCUGGACUGCCGGCCGUUCCUCGCCUUCUCCCGAGCGCACGUCCUCGAGUCCCGCAACGUCAACUGGAACUCCAUGCUGAGACGGAGGUCCAAGAGCUCCGUGGUGUGUCUCGAGUGGCUGGUGGCGGACAAGUCGCUGCUGGCCCAGCUGCGGAACGGGGACUUCUCUCCGGUGGUGGUCCUGGACGACAGCAGUCGCUCGGUCAGAGAGCUGAAGAGCGAGAGCCUGGCCAGUCUCCUCCUCAGCGCCCUUCAGUCCGAGGUCCAGUCUGCCUCGACGCACAUCUGCUUCUUACAAGGUGGAUUUGACGGGUUCUUCGGCCUUUAUCCAGAGCUCUGCUUCAGCCCUCCUGUCAUGUGCUCAAAUCAUCCUGCUCUCAGUGACUCAGAGCCCGUGGUUUCCGGCAGAAAGACUCCUCUCUACGACCAGGGUGGUCCAGUUGAAAUCCUCCCCUUCCUCUUCCUGGGCAGUGCCCAUCACUCCUCCAGACGGGAGACUCUGGAGCGCUGCGGGAUCACGGCCGUGCUCAACGUUUCCUCUUCCUGUCCCAACCUGUUCGAGGAGGAACUUCAGUACAAAACUCUGAAGGUGGAGGACAGCUUGGCCGCAGACAUACGCGUCCUGUUUCCAGAGGCCAUCCACUUUAUUGAUUCGAUAAAAGAGAGCGGAGGUCGAGUGCUGGUCCACUGUCAGGCAGGAAUCUCCCGGUCGGCCACCAUCUGCCUGGCGUACCUCAUUCACGCUCGACGGGUGAGUCUGGACGAGGCCUUCGACUUCGUUAAACGCCGCCGCCAAGUCAUCUCACCCAACUUAGCCUUCAUGGGCCAACUUCUUCAGUUCGAGACGGACGUUUUGUGCCCCUACACCGUACUAGACAGAGAAAACAGCGGCACUGCGUUUUGAACUCUAACAUCUCGAACUGGCUCCACUAACUUUCAGAAAACAGAUCUACUGGCCACAAGAUCUGCAAAGGUGCUUUCAGGAAGUCCUAGUUCGAUGCUGUAGGACAAACUAGAGACACGGGACUUUUAAAUAAGGCAUAUCGGCCUCUAAAAUACACCGUGGCAUUACUCAGCUUGUUUGGGUAAUAGAUGGCAUCAGCCGGCUGCCUGCUCUCGACUGUUUAUGGCAAUACAAAGUGUUGUUUCCGAACAACAACGGCGUCUCUGACACACUUCUACACCCCGCAGGCCUCAUGGAAAGUGUACUGAUCUCAUGUCUUUGUGACAUUGUGCUACUGAGAUCUUAUAACGUUGACCUGAGAUAACGUGUGUAUUUGUAAUGAAACAGAGCAACACUUAGCCAGAAAUGGGUAAUAAAGCAUUUGGCUUUGGCUUAAAAAAGCGCUAAUAUACGUUUAGGAUGUAUGUGUGCGGAUGGUCAUACCGUGGAAGUGUGUUGCAUCAGUCUAUGUUCUACUUGACUGAUGCCGUGACCAUAUAAGGCUGUGACGUGUGGUUCGUCUUCUGUCUGCUAAAUGUCAAGUUUUUCCAUGAAGUUACUGUCUAAUUGUCAGUCUCAAGUUUUAAAGGGCAAAGACCUGACGAACUGUGAUCUCGGGCGGUUUUAAAAGCAAGUUUGAUUGUGUCAUGCUAGGCACUAAGGCCGUUUUGUAAUUUAUUAUUUCUUUUUAAUAUGAAGCGUAAUUUUAUGUCCUUCCUUUUUUUUUUUUUUUUUUUUGCGAAUAUUUAUUUGUACAUAUUUUCAUUCGAGCAAUGCACUUUAAAUUUGAUCUGUUUGAUAAUAAGAUCUUUUGUAAGCUGUGUGGUUCACUUAUUUCGAAAUGUGAAUAAAAUGAUGGAUUCGUUUUUAAAUGCA